AUGAACAGGGAAUGUUUGUCUGGACUAUUUCCAGACCUCCGUAGCUCGCAAUGCAGCGACAAAUCUGACUCUGCUGAUUCCCUACCUGAGAAGGAUGGAACUCAGCGGGUAAGCGGAGAAUCGGACAGCUGUGACUUCGCCUUUCUUCAAGAGCUUCUUUCAGGCCUCAACAGUGAAGAGGCUAUACUCUAUAGAGAGAAGUUGGCCGAACAGCAGUUCUAUUUGAGUGAUCGCUUCGUUAGGAAAAUGGGCACUUUGACAACAGAUGCCAAGACGGUACCAGCCACAGGAGACUUCGAGCAGUAUAAUACUAGAGUUCAUCGAGAGUUUGAGCUGCGGAAAAAGUUAGAUGGUCUGCUAAAGCAGCGAAGCCUGCAACCGCUGAAUAUAUUGAGCUCGGAUGACCUUAGCGCCCGGUUUGUCGCAGGCCAAGACAAUGACAUAUCGGCACCUCAAUUUUGGCAUGAGCGUAGUAUACUAGCAAAUGUCGUAAAGUCCCCUUUGGAAACUACGGGCAAAACUCCUUUGAGAAGUUCGAACCAAAAUCGCCACAACGGGCCUGACUUACGUAUUGCUCGUACAGACUCUCAUGAAACCCAGAUCAUUGACAUGGAGAAAGACCUUAAUGGUAUAAUUGACAUGUCACUGCCCGAGGGGAGCAGGAAAAUCGGCGGGUUCGCUUCUUCGAGAGGUGGCGGAAUUGGAAAGUCUACGAAUGGAUCACCGCAGCAAGGAGCCAGUUCUAGCGAAGGCCAAAUUCUGCAAAGGAGACUAGAAAGAAGACAUUUACAAGCUAUUGCUACCGGUGCCACGAUCGGUGUUGGUUUGUUCUUAAACAGUGGGAAGGCCCUGUCUAUCGGAGGUCCUUUCGGAUCUCUAAUCGGGUUUUCAAUUUGUGCUAGCGUAGUGCUAGCAACUACUUUGUCCUUCACAGAAAUUGCUACAGUCAUCCCUAUUGCGUCUGGCGUUUCAGGAUUGGCUUCAAGAUUUGUGGAGGACGCCUUUGGAUUCGCCCUAGGCUGGACCUACUGGCUAACUUACUCGCUCACCUUAGCGAAUCAAAUUGUGGCGAGCAACUACAUGCUGAGCUAUUAUAGCAACGAAUCAAUGAGUACAGGUGCCACGGCUGGCUUCAUAUCCCUUUUUCUCAUUGUCAUUGUCUCGGUAAACUUACUAGAUGUUCGUUUAGUCGGGGAAAUUUCAUUUGGCUUCACGUUCCUUAAAAUAACAAUUUGCACGAUCAUGGUUCUUGUCAUGAUAGCCCUCAACGCUGGCGCUGGAAGCCAGAGACACUCCAGAAUAGGAUUCCGUUUUUGGGAUAGUAGCAAGUCACCAGAAAAUCUAACCUUUGGCUUGUUUAGACCUACAUUUGAUCUUCAGGAUGUAGGAACUGGCAGCAAAGGUGGAAUUUCUGGCGCCAAAGGCCGAUUUUUAUCAGUUUUGGUUGUCGUUAUUCUCUCGUCAUUUUCUUUCAGCGGUGUCGAAGUAGGAUUUGUUGCCUGCGGAGAGGCUACCAACCCCAGGCACUCUUUGCCACCUGCAACCAAAAGAACUUUCGCCACGAUUACGAGCAUUUAUUUGAUAUCUACCCUGGUGAUAGGUAUAAACGUGUACAGUGGCGACUCACGGCUGUUGCGUUACUACAUCUCUGCAACUCAAAAUCCUGCCAGUCCUAUCCUUUCCCCCUCAACGACCAGUUGGCAGAUGGAUCACUCGUGCGAUGGUGACCAAGGCACUGUAGAUUCAGCUCAGGUCCUUUCAAGUGGCAAUCAAAGUCCUUGGAUUCUUGCAUUGAAUAGCUUCGGUCUAUGCACCUUUUCAUCGGUAUUCAAUGCCUUCCUGGCCAUCUUUGGCGUAUCUUCCGCCUUUUCUUCCUUGUAUGCUGCUAGUAGAACCCUCUACUCAAUGUCAACUCAGGAUAAGUCUCCAUCAGUGUUCAAGCGAUGUACGGGCCGUGGGGUUCCAUAUAUGGCUGUCAUGUUCACCGGAUUGGUCGGCUCACUUGCGUACCUCGCUUUAAAUUCUCAUUCUCUUGAAAUCUUCCAAGCUUUAGCCAACAUGUCCAGCGCAACGAUUGCCAUCAUUUGGUUUGGCCUGAAUGUCUCGUUCUUACGGUAUUACUAUGCAUUGAAAAGACGUCCUGAGAUAAUAUCCCGCGACGACCCUUCUUAUCCAUACAAAUCUCCUCUCCAACCCUUUGCUGCUUACUAUGGACUAUUUGGAUCAACUGUAAUCGUGCUACUCAUGGGGUUUUCCAACUUUUUGAAAGGCUUUUGGAAUACCAAGAUGGCAUUUUCGUCCUACGGCGGUGUCAUAUUUUUUGUGGUAAACUAUGCCGGUUUCAAGCUUCUUAGGAACUCCAAGCUACAAAGACUCGAUCAACUAGACCUAGAUACUGGGAGGCGUGAGGGGGAUAGACUGCAAUGGUCUGAGCAUCAGCAGUACAACAAUUCAUGGAGCGAGAGGUUCAAAAACAUGGUCACGUGGAUAAUUUAA